UGGCUCGCGCUCCUGACUUCCUGUCUCCGAGCAGAGCCCGGGGCUGAGGGCACCGAACCGGCCCCGCCAGCGGCCGGGCAGAGCUGCGUUCUCCCCCUCGGGGCGGCGGGAGGCGGGCGCCGGGUGGCCCGGGCGCCGCGGAGAGGAUGAACUGGCUGUUCCCCCUGUCCAAGGGCGGCGGCUCCUCCUCGUCCCCCGCGGCCCCGCUCCCCGCCCUCACCAGCCUCCAGCAGCAGAAGCAGCGACAGAUCGAGUCCCUGCGCAGCGCCCAUUCCGCCAUUGCCGAAAUACAGAAAGAUGUGGAAUAUAGGUUGCCAUUCACCAUAAACAACGUGACAAUUAAUAUUAACGUCUUGCUUCCUCCUCAGUUUCCUCAGGAAAAACCGGUGAUCAGUGUUUUCCCACCAAUAAGACAUCACUUAAUGGACAAACAAGGAGUGUAUGUGGCAUGUCCAUUAAUAAGCAAUUUCACAAUGCACUCUGACCUUGGAAAAAUUAUUCAGAGCUUACUGGAUGAGUUUUGGAAGAAUCCUCCAGUUUUGGCUCCUAGCUCAACAUCAUUUCCAUAUCUUUACAGUAAACCAGCUGGAAUGCCUCCUUAUACUCUUCAGGGUUUUCCAUUUCUUCCUCCAUACCCGCCACAAGAAACAAAUAGAUCUAUAGCUUCUGUGCCAGUUGCUGAAUCAGGUUACACUACAGACAAACCCGCUGCUCCGUCCUAUGGCUUGAUCACAGACCUGCCAUUACCUGUUCCAACAACAGAUGCACUAUUACAGGUGGGCCAGAAUGGUUUCACUUACAAGAUGCCUGAUGUUCCUGAUACAUUUCCAGAGCUCUCAGAAUUAAGUAUAUCACAGCUGACAGAUAUGAUUGAGCAAGAGGAUAUUUUGCUGGAACAGUUUGUGAAUCUGCCACAGCUGAAGCAAAUCAUAAUGGAUAAAGAUGACUUAGUGAAAAGCAUUGAAGAGUUAGCAAAAAAAAAUUUACUGUUGGAACCCAGUCUAGAGGCAAAAAGGCAAACAGUGCUGGAUAAAUAUGAACAGCUUACUCAGAUGAAAGCCACCAUUGAAAAGAAGAUGCAAAGGCAGCAUGAGCUUAGUGAGAGUUGCAGUCCCAGUGCUUUGCAGGCCAGACUGAAAGUAGCUGCUCAUGAAGCCGAAGAGGAGUCUGACACUAUUGCAGAAGAUUUCUUGGAAGGAAAAAUGGAAAUAGAUGACUUUCUUAGUAGCUUCAUGGAAAAGAGAACAAUUUGCCACUGUAGAAGAGCCAAAGAGGAGAAACUUCAACAGGCAAUAACAAUGCACAGCCAAUUUCAUGCUCCACUAUAGACUUUCCUGCAAACUAGACCUGCCAAGAGAAGAGUGAACAAACCCAAUAAAGCACAUUUUCUAACACCUAUUUGCAAAUAAGCAUUUCAUCAUAAAUGGUUGUAUUUAUAGAACAGAUUGUAUACAGUGCUGAGACUGUUUUGUACAAAUUAGAAUGACUCUUUAUAUUCUCAUUUUAUUCAAGAAAUCCUUCUAUUGCAAUCUUUGCACUAAUAUUUCUUGUAUUUAUUGUUGAUAGUCCUUACCAUAUUUAAGUUCCUGCUGCUAUCCUGCCAUUCUUUAGAGAUUAAAUAUCUAAAUGUGUAACUUUGGCUAGCUUUGUACAUUUUAUAAAACAUAAUUCAUACCUUUUGUAUUUUGAAUUUGAAACAUUUGCUUGGGUUAUUUUAUGAAGACUCUUGAAGAUGGUGAACUUUGUGGGGAGGAGAUUGGUAACGCUUUUUAUAAUUGUCAGUGAAAUAUCAGACUUCCCUUCCUUGAUGCCAAAAAUGUUCAAUGCCAGUUUAUUUUUAUUUCAAAUAAUAUCAUACUAAAUGUUCCUGCAUCCUGUUGGAUAAGUAGAAUCAGUUUAAGGAACGGAUGCUUUGGAAAAAUAUUAUAUCAGCAGUCUGUAAAUAUACUAUCUAUUAUACUAAGAGUACAAAUGGACUCUUCAUUCUGAAGUGACAGGGCACCCACCACUGAAACUAGCUACAGAGUUUUCAACCAGACAUCAUCUUUCAUUUUAAGCAAAACCAAAGGAAUUUGUUGUUGCACAAUAUAAAAAAAAAAAAAAAAACCAGGCCACCUUUUUAUAUAGUUUUUGUGGUGUUUAGUGUCUUUCAUCUGAGGAACUCAAAGCACUUUACAAGCUUUAAUUUAAUUCUCAAGUCCCUUGUGAGGUGGUAGUUACCUGGAUUCAAUAUACAAGGAAACUGACUUUUCAGUAGCUGUGCAGUGAGUCAUGAUCAGGGCCAUGAAUAGAACUCUUAUCUGGUGAGAUCUAGAUCUUUGUCCUUUGAUCACUAGACCUGUUUGUCAGGUGCACUUCCUUUUAGGGGAGGGGAUAUAUAUUUAAUAUGCACGAACUGCAAAUUACAAACAAAGGCCCCAUGAUGUUCUACAGGUGAAAAAUGCAACCCUAAGUACAUUUAAAAAAAAUUUCUAGUCUGUCUUGCCACUGAACUGAGUCAUGAAGUGAAAGUACAGAUUCUAGACAAAUAGAUACAUUUGCUACGUCCUGAAUUUUGGGAUAGAUUUAGUUACUGCAGUUCUCUGUUUUAUUUCUAUCAUAGUUGUAACUUUCUUCAGGAAUCUUGAUAUUGUUCUCUCUCUUCCCCACACUUCUUCUGACAAGGUGAAGAGAAGCAGGGUGGAAAUGCAUUAGACUUUCUGAAAAGAGAACUUUUUUCAUGAUCUUGAGUCUGCAGCAACACUACUUAAUCCUGUCAAAUCUGACAAGCUAAACAGGGUUAGACUAGGUCAGUACUUAAAGGUUUCCUACCAGUAGGUGUCACUCUAACCUCUAAGUCAGGACUGAAUUGAAUGCCCCCAGCAUUGUGUUAAUAAAGCCCCUGUGUUUCUGGAAAUGCUGUUUUUUUGGGCUUGAGGUAAAAGUUAAAUCUGACUCUUUGUAGUCACUAAAGAUCCAUUAGCACUUCUUACAAGUGUAGGAAUAUUAACCCAUAUAUGCUGCCCAAAUUUCAAAUGGGGUAAUAUUCUUUUUACCUAAAAUUACAUUGAUGGGUGCUUUUUUAAUUCAUAUAGUUACCUGGCAGUUUUAUUUAGGAAAACUUAUCUCUGUGCUUUGUACUGUGGUGUGCUGUUUUAAACAGCUGCUGAAUACGGUGGUGGGCAAAGUGAUCCCUGAGAAUAGUUUCAGUUUGUAAACCAGAUAGAGAUCUUGCAGGAUGCGCAAGUAAGAGACUAUAUGGUGAUUAUAUUCUUUGUACCAAUUAAAGCAUUACCCUUAAAGAUGACUUGUACAUUUUAAUCCUCAGACAUUUGAACAUUAAAAUGUACAGCUGGGAGAAGUUUUGCCUCAAAUAUUUUUUUUUUGCUGAAAAAUGAAGAUUUGGAUCAGCUAAAACAAUUGGUGAAUUUGGAUUGAUCAGUUGGGAAGGGGCACCCAUCAGAGAUGUUGAAACAGUUCACUUCAGCAUUUCUGGAAGUUAAAUGAUUCAACUUUUGUUUAAGAAAAAUAUUUUUUUAAUUUCCCUCAAUUUUAUUUUUAAAAACCCUCACUAAACUUAAAUGUUUUGGAUUGACACGCUACUUUUUUUUAUAUUAGUUUGCCAAUAAUUUCAAAACAUUUUUGUUUCAGGCUGACCUGAAACUUUUUUUUUUUUUUUUUGCACCCGCACCAAAUAUUAUGUUCUUUUGUAGCCCUCAGAGUAUUUUCUGCACACUGAUUAAUUAAAGUAUGUGGGUGUGGCUUUCAAAACAAUAAGUAGGUCACAUUUUCCCUCUUCCCUUCCCUUGUAGUGCAUGUACAGUAAGUAGAUUUACUGCAACUCCACUCUGAAAUAGCUGUCCCAUUGAGAGUGCUGGAACAUGGAGGCUGCUGUUGGGCCUAUGGAAAGUCUGUUUUCUAUAAUAUUGCAUGUUCUAGGCCUAAUGAAACUUUAGGAAACGUGUAAUUUAGUAUUAGAGAAGACAGACAGACUAAUGCCUGUUGACCGCCUGUACUGCAUAGCCUCACACUUCGUGCCAAAGUGCAUACAAAUGUAUUACACCAAGUGAAAAAUAGUGAUGUUCUUUAAUUUGCAAACUAGGAACAGAAGACCUAAUUUGUCAUCGGUAUUCCUCUACUUUAGUUGGUUACUUCUGUACUGCAGUAACUGGUUUAAUUUCUCUGCUGCUGUUUAAUGGUAACUAUCUUAUAUUAACUUCUAUCUCAGCAGUAAUAUUUUUUGUAUUUAAUGUAAAUCUCUAUCCUUCUCCUUUGGAUCAACUGACUGCUGAAAUGCAGAGCUGAAUUCUCUGUGUAGGGGUCAUAACACUUCAUACAUUGAAAAGAUUUCUUCCACCUGCAGUAUAAAGUAGUGGAGUCAAAUACUUUCCUUUGGGAAUGUCUCGUAUAAAACUAUAGCUGGCCGACAAGAUCUCCCACUGGGAUUACACACUCUUGAAAGGGGCCAUUUUAACAUCUGCCAUAUACUUCCCAAUCUGUUUCACAUUCUUUUAUUCUAAAGUGAGGUUGAUAACUAUCAAAUUUCAACUCUAUCCACCAGCACUAUGAGCAACAGACUUUAUUAAAUAUAAGCAGAUUGUAAGUUACUAGCUGGGUCAGUUGCAUAACCAUAUUAUAAACAGGUUGGGAAUUAAUCACAUGGUUUUUUGCUCUUCAGAUGCUCCUAUAGCUGUACCACUUUGGACCUUGGCCAAAUACAAGUUAGAAACAGGGCAAGCAACAGUUUCUUACCAGUCUUCAUUACUGCUUCCUUUUAAAGACUUGGGAAUAUCUCCCAUAAGGCUCAAAAGUAAGUCUGACUAUAAACCUUGGGGGAGAAAGUUUAAGGUAGUUGUGUAUAUGUACCUGACUGACUAGUGUACAUUGUAAUAUGUGAAACUCUAUGAAUAAAGCUUUUUAAAAUAA